AUGGAGAAUUACUUUUCCUACAAGAAGAAACUGGUUUUCCUGGGAGAUCGGGUACCUGUACAGGCCCUGCACCGGGCUCUUCAGACCAGAGUUCCUAGUGGGAAAUGGAUGUUCCCAACACUGCAGCUCCUCAGGCCGGAGGUUGGUUAUACUUGUCAGGAAGGGUCAAGCCCAAAAUUAAUACUUUCAGGGGUCAUUUCUAUAGUUUAUUACAAUUGGAUUUCUUAUCUUGCUAAGAUAGAAGGAAUGUUAGAUUAUGGUUUGGCCCACCAGCAGGCAGGCUUGACACUGACCCAAGGAUUUCCUCACUUUGACUGUGUGGAGAGAGAGCGAUUAUUUUACCCUUGGUUGAUUGUGUCAUUUUGCUUGUCUACGCUUUUACUUUUCACAUGCAUAGAAACUUCAAAUGAAUUCAAUGGCUUUGACUGGGUUGUUUUCCUAGGUACAAGAGUCUGGUUCUUUUGGUCCAUUGUCUUGCUGAGUUUCCUUGGGAUCCUGGCUGCCUACACAACAUUGCUACUGGUGCUUGGAUUUUUGUUGUGUUGGGAAAAAAAUCAACUAUACCUGCACUGGUAUCAUAAGAUCCUGAUUCUGAUAACAAUUCUGUUUUGCUCACUUUUGUUAUGGAUUUUAUUAACUUACUGGAAAGACAGGUGGCUCACCAUUGGGCUGUCACUGCAGAUCUUUUCUCCCUACAUACACCUGAGCAGCAUAUCUGUGAUGGUUUUGCUUUCGUGGCCUGUGGCCAUCUACUUGAUCCAUUUGGAAGGAGAAGCUAGAAUGAGAAGAUUCCAGAUUACAAGUAUUGAAAGAAAAAGAAACGAGAGGUGUAACAUGCACACAAAAUUGAGAGCUUUACAAGUGGCUAUUGGGUUGCCCUUUGUUCUUAUACUUUUGUGUCUCUAUGUAGUGCCAUUUGGGAUUUAUUCUGCCUGCGUUCAAGAGAAGGAUAAAUUAGGGCCCAAGCCAAACUUCUUCGGACAUAGAGGUGCACCCAUGCUGGGGCCUGAGAAUACCAUAAUGUCCUUUGAGAAAGCUGUUGAAUAUGGGGCCCAUGGACUGGAGAGUGAUGUACAAAUAAGGUAGGAAAGAAGGGACCAGAGUGGGAGGAGAAAAGACCAGUGGAUGACUCCAGCCUGGCCCAAGCUGUAGAGAGAGCAAGCCCUGGGAGUUUCUCCCUUAUUCUCCUGGCACAUCUACACAUAACACAAUACAUGAAUCACUUCUCCUUUACAAACCACAUCUCUGCAUCUCUACAUUCUCAAUCACAGGCUUAUAAAUCACACACUCUAUAUAGUCUCCACACAUAGCUCAAAUUUGUCCUCCCUGCAAACAUGCUUGCAGCUUACUUCUGUGCACUACCUUAGCAAUCUAUUUAACAUUUCCUAGGCAUCGCCUGUAUUCCUACUAUAUCCUUUUUCUGAGUGCAGUGAGAGGCAGAUGAGUAAGAGUCGUGCCUAAGAGCUGUUUGCAACUGGUGAAGGAGACAUGGCAUGUUUACAAAUAAACACAGUAUAGGACCAUUUGUGGUGAGCGCCUUCCAGAGAAGAGUAAGGAAAAUGCAGUGGAACCUCAGUGGAGGAGGAAGAGGCCACCUCUUUUGUGAAAAAUGAUCCGUGUGCUCAGAACAGUGUUUGGGUUGAGACUUGAAGGAAAAAUAGUAUUUUCCUAAGCAGAGAUGGAGAACGAGAAUAUUCUGGGCAGAAGCAACAGCUUAGUCAAAGGCAUCCAAAGGAGAAAUAGCAAGUUUGUAGAUCCGUGAGCUGGUCUGUAUGAAUGCCAAAAGUAGUCCACUUUGGGGACGUGAGGGGCCUAUGUGAGGGGGAAGGUAUGGCUGCAAGGCUUGCUGAGACUGGAUCACAGAGAUCCCUAAAUGUGUACUGGGCAGCCAUGGUAGGUUUUAGAGAACACAUUAGCUUAUUGUUUUAGAAGGACUUAUUUGAGAAUCUGUGAGGGAGAAUCAUCAUGGCUUUGGGCAGUAGGCUCUAGCAAUGUCCAAGGGACAACAAAGGAAGACUUGGAUCCUAUCAGGGACGAGGACAAAUCCCAUGCUUUUCUGUAGAAUGUAUGUCCUUGGGCAGCCGAAAGUAGAGACGAACCUUCGGAUGGUUAUAUUAGAGAAUGUGGCAUGCAUUACUCCCUUCCCAGCCUUCUGUGAGGCAAACAGGAAAGAAAUGAACAUCCUAUUUCACAGUGAAGAACUGUGGUUUGAGCCUGAAUUCAAAGAAGAGAAAUGUAUUGCUGAGGAUAUAAGGCUAGAAUGUACAUGAUAAAGCCAGAAUUAGAACUAGAUUUCCUGACCCCAGGAAACACCUAACAGUGGUGUUACCCAGCUGUUCCAUGCAAGCUAUCUGAAUCAGAUUGAAACUGGAUGUUCUUUCAGAGCUUCUAGGUUCAUUGUGCAAGUGCCUCAUGGUCAUGACCUAAUGUGGUCAUGGUGCUGAGACAGUGAGUUCCUGGCACAUGGACUUUCUCUCUUGUCUUGUGACUUCAACUUCAGUGUCGAUGAUCCUCCCAACCCUUUAGUUUCUCUGUGUGUUGAUGUCUUCAUUUCCAGUCUACUUCUACAUACCUCCAUCAUCCAUAUUGAUGGUCAUAGUUUACACUUCAUCAUUAAUAAAAAUUGCAUAUCACUCAGUCUAGCCAGAACAGGAAUACCGCAGCAGUACCUAGAACAGAAAAAUGUAGUAUCAAGAAUUACUAAGUAGUAAAAAGUUGUUAACUAAUAAAAGAGGAAAACAGGACUGUGGAAAUGCACAAGUAACUCUAUUAGAACUUCUACACAUUCUACCCUAUUCUUUCCAAGAUUUACAAACACAUGAAAAAAAAUUAAAAACUGGAAAAAAUUCACAAAACUUCUGACAGAAGACUCUGAAAGGUGAAGAAAUGAAGGUGGACUGGCUGGGUUUAUAAGACUAAAGGAACUUGCUAGUAUUAAAGCAAGUUUCCCUGUUGGUUAUUUUUGUUAUUUUCCUCAUAUAUCCUGACAUGACCUCUGAAGAGACCUGUACAGAAACACCUACAGCUGCAGAGGGAAAAAAAAAAAAAGCCCCACAAAAAUCUGCUUUUUCUAACCAGAGAAAUGGCAUUAGGGUCACCCAGCAGGCUAUAAAUGUUUUGACCAUACUUGUCCUACUCAGGGCAAC